AGGUGUCAUUUCUUUGGCUCCAAAGUAGUUACUCCUGAUUUGCAUCUGUGACAGCAGAAUUGGAGCAAAUCAACAUAGUAACAACACUGGUAGCAAUUCUGCACAAUCACAGCUGCUUAGAAGAGGCUUAAAAGUCACCAGAACCAGUUGAGAACAUUUUGUUUAUAGCAGAUAACAUGAUGAAACUAAUUUACACCUUAGCUGAUCACAGUGAUGAUGUCAACUACUGUGCAUUAUCAUCGUCCUGCUUGGCUACUUGUUCCAUGGACAAAACAAUCCGCUUGUAUUCUUUAAACAACUUUUCUGAGCUUUCUUACUCACCAUUAAGAGGCCACACUUAUGCAGUCCACUGCUGCUGCUUCUCGUCUUCGGGAAACAUUUUAGCUUCAUGUUCAACUGAUGGUACCACAGUGCUGUGGGACACUCAAAAUGGUCAGAGGCUAGCAGUGCUGGAGCAACCCAGUGACAGCCCUGUAAGAGUCUGCCAAUUUUCCCCUGACUCUACGUACCUAGUUUCGGGUGCAGCAGAUGGUACCGUAGUUCUUUGGAAUGUGGAGUCCCUGAGAUUAUACAGAUCUGGGAGUGUGAAGGAUGGUUCCUUGGUAGCCUGUGCAUUUGCUCCAAAUGGAAAUUUCUUUGUCACUGGAUCAUCAUGUGGAGAUUUAACUAUUUGGGAUGAUAAAAUGAGAUGCUUGUAUAAUGAGAAAGCACAUGAUCUUGGAGUCACCUGCUGUGAUUUUUCUUCACUGCCAGUUUCUGAUGGAGAGCAAGGGUCCAGAUACUUUCGAAUGGCAUCCUGUGGCCAGGAUAACCAGAUCAAACUCUGGCUUUUCUCAUUUGCAGAUUACUUGGGUGCUGAAUUAAAAUAUAAAUGUACAUUGAGUGGACACUCUGCUCCAGUUCUGGCUUGUGCAUUUUCUUAUGAUGGACAGAUGCUAGUUUCAGGAUCUGUGGACAAAUCUGUCAUAAUUCAUGAGACGAAAACUGGGAACAUUCUGCAUACUUUGACUCGGCAUACCAGAUAUGUUACAACUUGUGCUUUUGCACCAGAUGCUCUAUUACUUGCUACAGGUUCAAUGGAUAAAACUGUGAACGUCUGGCAAUUUGAUCCAGAUCAACAUUUUGCAGGAAGUGGGCUGGAAGAUAAACCUAAGAUGUCUGUUGAAAACUGGUCAGAGGAAGAAGUCUCAGCCUGGCUUUGUGCUCAAGGUUUAAAAGACCUUGUUGAGUGUUUCAAGACAAAUAACAUUGAUGGUAAAGAACUGCUGAGUCUUACAAAAGAGAGCCUGACCAGCGACUUAAAAAUUGAGUCUCUGGGUCUACGUAGUAAAGUCAUCCGGAAAAUUGAAGAGUUGAGCAUCAAGAUGGAUUCUGUUUCUGUUGGAAUUCCUGAUGAAUUCUUAUGCCCCAUAACUAGGGAGCUUAUGAAGGAUCCUAUUAUUGCAUCAGACGGCUAUUCCUAUGAGAAGGAGGCAAUGGAAAAUUGGAUCAGCAACAAGAGACGGUCUAGUCCCAUGACAAAUCUCCCUCUCCAGUCACUUGUGCUUACCCCAAACAGGACUCUGAAAAUGGCCAUCAGUCGCUGGCUGGAGACUCAGCAGAAAUAUAAUGAAACAACUUAAUUUCGAAUGCCCCAGCUAUUCUUUGAAACUAACUGAAUUGAAACUGUAGGUAGUUGAAGAAAACAGCUCUAUCAGACAUUUUAAAAUGCUGGAAAGAAAAAAAGGUAAGCUUCUGUUUAUGGUGUCUUCAGGCUGGAACUCCAACAAAGGCCUUGAAAAUCAGAAGUCACACAAAAAAAAUAAUAGAACUUACAUUUGGGCACCUCAUGUAAACUACUGAAAAUAUUUUUUUAAUACUAGAACUUGAAUUACCUUGUACUGUUUUUAUAAGAAAAAACAGGCUAAUUGAUAAUAUGCAUGUUUCAAAAUAAAGUUGUUACAAUUGCCAGUA